UGAGUGAUGGUGGUGGGUGGAGUCUGUGAGGUCCAAGCUGGUCUUUAUAAGUUUGCUGGAAACCAGAUGGUGGUAAAGACUGAAGCUGCCUGAAGGAUCGACAACAGAAUUCUGAUCUUUAGGCAGUAAGUACACAGGUUGAGAGGAAAAACAAGCAGUAGAUCAGGACCAGAGGAACACACAGAUCAGAGAGAAGACUGCCAUGAGAGAGGAGGACAGCUGUGGAGAUUUCCCCAAAGGUGGAGUGAUUCCCCGGGAUGAGGACGAGGAACGCCACAAUAAUAAAUGUCCCGUUGUUGUGACUCGAAAACGACUGACAAGCCCUAAGAAGGAGCUUAGCGUGGAUCUCCUGGCUGAGGAUAAAACUCCAUCCACCUCUAAACGUCCCAAAAAAAGUUCUCCAUCUCCUUCUUCAUCCUCUUCCUCAUCUUUGCUGGUGCCAUUGGUGAGCUCGGUUUCUCCACUUCCUGCUCAGCAGUUUGAGGAUCUUCACUCUCAGAGAGUCAUUGCUAACGUGAGAGAACGUCAGCGCACGCAGUCUCUAAAUGAUGCCUUUGCCUCACUCAGGAAAAUCAUCCCCACGUUACCAUCUGACAAACUGAGCAAAAUCCAGAUCCUCAAACUUGCCUCACGCUACAUUGACUUCCUCUACCAGGUACUGCAAAGCGAUGACGGACAGAUGGAUGCCAAGAUGGCAAGCUGUAACUACCUGGCACAUGAGAGACUGAGCUAUGCCUUCUCUGUGUGGAGAAUGGAGGGAGCCUGGUCCAUGUCUGCCACUCACUAACUCCAACACCUCAUCUGAUUCACACCCCUCAGCCAGAGACACUCAGCUGGGGUUCAUAGUUUUAAUUCAUGCUACAGGCACUAAGCUCACCCUAUUACCAUGACAACCUCCCUCAUCCUGUCCAGGUCUCUUCAUAUUAUUCUUAAGUCUAGUGUCAAACAAAAGUCUUUCCUCAUUUAUUCUUCAUAAUUCAGUGUGUUUCUGACUCUUUGGUCCACUUCCUGUUUGUUGUGAACAUGUUUAUUAUGAGCUCCUUAAUGAUGCCACUGAUAUCCUAAAGGCUAUUUCAAGUCCAUUCAUCUGUAAACAUCAUCAACACUCCUGAAAUCUUGACUCUAUCCUUUGUGUGAAACAAGGUGCAUUGUGGGUAUUCUGUAAAUUUCAUAACAAGGACACAAACCUGUUGCAGUGCAUUGUGGGAUUUUGUGAAUAACCGCUGCAAGGACACGAGCGCAAAACAUCAAAACUCGCACAGUGCUACAGAAUCCCAGUAUUUCAAGUGUUUAUCUUCAGACUGAUCCAAGAGAGGUUAAGAGGAAUACAGAUGAGGCUCUUCAGUCUUCACCCUAAUGAGUGUGUUUGUGUGUUUAGACUUUAUAUUGAGAACCCACACUUCCUCAAAAUGUAGAAUCUAGCAUUUAAUGGUCUAGCAUUUAUCUAGCUGCUUAAUUAGCAGGUUUACAAACUCACUGCCUCCAUUAAGGUCAUGCAGAAAUGAACAGAAAUGUCACAGUUUUAAUGUCACAAUUUUUCACAUUUCAUUGCUUUUAUUUUCCUGAAUUUUUCAAAACCAUCUUCACCCAACAUUUAAGGGGGAAAAGUGUCACAAUGAAUAAACUGAACACUCUGACUUGUUCAUCAGCAAUCUAACUCUAAAUUGUUCUAAAGUUAAACUGUAAACUGAAUUGAAGUGAAUGAAAUUGAAAUGAACUCCCACCUUAUAAACCGGACCAAUCACUCAGAUGUCCAGGGUUGAGUGUGAAACAAGGUAAAAGGUGGGUUGUGGUAUUGUUGGUUGAAAAUGAUUUCCUACUUUCAAAUGACUAAUUCUAUUUCUACACAAUAUUGC